AUGGAAGAACCUCAGAGGUUUCUCCACAAUCACCUCCAGAUGAAGGACACAGUCUGCAUUCUUGGCACACAGCUCCUCCCUGUCUAUCCGGGAAUUUACAAACAAGAUCCCAUUCUGCAGGUUUACCUCAAAAUAGUCCUUCUCUCCUUUGGACAGCAUCCGGAACAUCCGAGGCACCAGCUCGCUCACCUCCAACCCCAGAUCCUGGGUGAUGUGGCCCACAAAGGUGCCGUGCUGGGAUUCCUCCAGCACAGAAUAAUGGAGCUGGCCGCUCCCCAUUUUCCAGGCGGUGUGGAGCAGAAGCAGCUGCAGCAGCCCCUUCGGCCAGACGUAUGGUCGGACUGGAGGUUGUCCCCCGACGUUAUGGCUGAAGCGAAGCUCUCGGAGGAAAGCCUGCUUCAAGCAACAAGUGAAGGAGAAGCGGUCGUGAUCCCAGCCAGUUUGGAAAGUAUGAAGACUCAACUCUCCCCGCCUUCUCCCUCGGCAAAACUUCAAACAAAGAAGCGUGAACCAGAUAAGUACCCGGGGACUGUGCCAAAAGCCUCCGAGGCUGAAUUUCCCUUUCCGAACCAGCAAGAUGUGGAACGCCUAGACCGGGAUCAGCUCCACUGCCCAAAGCAUGACCGGAACGAGGGCCCAAGCGCGCCACCCAUGUACCGCGGGGAGCUCCCCAAAUCCUGGAGUUUUUUGCUCACCUGA